AUGGCUUCCAACACCACCACCACUACUGCUGCUACUGCCAACCAGGCACUCAUUGCCCUUCUUGACCGGCUGAAUGAGCUAGUUGAACAUGUCCUGCGGUCCAAGUCAGAAGAAGAGAAAAUGGGAUUGAGUCGAAGCAUUGCUUCUCAAUUGAAUGAUGCAAUUCGUUCUUACUGGACAGUGGCUACCUACAUCCCCCUUCACCUUCUGUCCAUGGCCUUUGGACAUGGGCUUUGGUGUCCAUCUGGUUCAUGA